UAUAUGUGAACAGUGUAAACUAUUGUGACAAGUUCUGCUUCAAUUAAUUCAAUUUUCAAGCUGAUAGGAAACCUUGCUUACGUGAAUAGUGUUUUUUACGUUAGUUAUUUUCGUAUAUUGUAAGAAAACGAUCCAUAUUUCGUUGUGAGAAGAUCAAAUGCUCAGGCCAAGUUGACAAGAAAGAUGAAUAAAGAUGAUUUUGACCUUAUUCAACAGUUGAGAAGAGAUCGAAAUGAUUUGAGUAUUGAUCUAGAAGACAGAAGACUUGGAUUUGUAAAGAAAAAUGUACGAACCAAAGAAAACAUUGCUUUGUUUGCAGAGGAACAAUUCGCCAGGAAAACGAAUUAUAAUGAAAUGCGAUGUGAGAUGCCUGGUACUCCCAGAUCAACCUUCUUGAUGGUCUUCAGUCCGGAUGGAUCGAAGGUAGCCUCAACCCAUGGUAAUCACAAUAUUUAUAUCACUGAUCUGCGAAGCGGUAAACAUAUCAAAACUUUAGUGGGGCAUCCAAGGACUCCAUGGUGUAUAGCCUUUCACCCGACGUCCAAUCAAAUUAUUGCUUCAGGCUGCUUGGGAGGCCAGGUUCGGAUAUGGGACCUGAGUGGUGGAAGUGAGGUUUGGACCACCUCAAAUGGUACCGUCAUAGCCUCAUUAGCUUUUCACCCUAACGAUAGAGUAUUAGCCAUUGCUACUUUUAAUUUCGUUUACUUUUGGGAUUGGAGUAAAUCUGAACCUUUUGUUCAAGCUGCGACAUACAAUACUAAAGAAAAGGUACGUUAUGUGGCUUUUGAUUCCUUGGGUCACAAACUCAUUACGGGCAUUGCAAAUAGCCCAAUGACUAGAUGGGAAAGGGUGAGUGCUCCUGUACCAGUUCCUAGGCAAGAACGUUGUGCCAGUCCUUAUAGAAGGAGAAUCACUCAAAGACUUGUCAGUCACAAUAGUAAUGUCAGAGUGACUCCAAAUCCCGCGUCAUCAGAAUCUGCUCGCAAUGUCACUGUCACGACAGAUGUGGGUUUGUCGGAUAGAGAGAGAAGAAUCACUAUGUGUUACAGAAAUUUAGUUAGAGAAUAUGAGCAACUUGUACAUAGAUAUUUGCAACUAUAUAGACCACCGACAAUGAUUGACCGCGGUACUGAUCCCAUGGAGCCGAAUCCAUGGAUUAACAAUAGUGGUACCCAAACAACGGAACCUCAACCAAGUACGAGUAGUACCACUACUAGUACUUUUGUGCAAUAUACAGAGAAUGGUGAGAAUACUCAAAAUGUCGACCCCACAGUUCCAAGCACCUCUAGAAGUACAGGUCACGCUGAUCCUGCAAUUCCGAGCACCUCUAGAAGUACCGAUCAUAUUGAUCGUGCGAUUCCUAGCACAUCUAGAAGUACCGGCCAUGUUGAUCCUGGACCUUCUACCUCUGGAAACACCGGCCCUAGUACAUCUGGUAACUCACGUAUUGAGGGAGAAGAUGCAAACACUGGAGAUAACUCUCCCACACCUAGUACUUCCUCUAAUUCCCCCCAAAAAUCUCAAAAUCUGUUGACUCCCAGCCGCAUAUUCUCAGUCAUUAAGAAGCCCAAUACGCUCAUCCGAGGCACGCAAACUUCUGAAUCUAGGAAACACAAAUCGGAAGACUGUGAAGAACCAAAAGAGAAGAGGAUGAGAAGUAAUGAUUUGAACGGCGACUACGUGGUACAACAGAAUGGAAUGACCAACAAUACAGAUAAUGGAAAUGUUCCUAGUCAGAGUGAUCUGACCGUGAAUGAUGCCGUCAGGUUAAGCGGAGAGGACGAAGAAAGCUCUAUCCAGUCAGCCAUCAAUAGUUUACCUGGGGAGUCGUACGCUAGGGCAGUAUCUAUCCAGAACGAAAUCCAAAUGGAAAGGGAAAUUCAUUCUCAUCUUAUCGAUCAGAUCCCUGGAAGUAGUAGUAGUAGCAAUAGUAGAGAAGGAGACUCUUCAAAUUUGACCGCACAGAAUAAUGUGGACGAGCUACUGUCUAGUAUAAGAAGAACUGCAGAGGAAGAAGUCAGGAAUAGAAUUCUGCCGAUCAUCAGGUCUGUUCCAGCCAACGACAGAGCCGAAUUGAUAAGACUUUUCGAAAGCAGCAGGGAGCACGUAAGAAUGCGCUUUAGACAAAUGUAUCCAGUAUUUAUGAAGACUCCAAGCCGAAGGCUGCCCAAUAAUAUGACGGAUACCACUUCGGGUAGUAGUUCUUCGGAGGAAGAGCUCGCUUCCAAUGCUCGGCUGGGUAGGCACAGUUCCGAAUCCAUAACGGCCCGUGGUAACAACUCCUCAUCUGUGAAUACUAUCGGCAGUACAGGAGCGAACAACAGCAGUCCUAUUCUAAUGACCACUGGAAACAGUAACACCGUUAGAAAUUUCAAUACUGAGCUGGAGCAGCUUUUGACUUCCCUACUGACGGAAAUUGAGAGAAACGAGACUGACAGCACAGAAGCAAAUGAAAACCCUUCGUCAAGUACUCAACCACCUCCAUCAGAAGAUAAUCAGGAUUCUCCUCCUCGUUUAAUAUCUUUGGGAACAAGGCCCCCUUUGCCUACUACAACAAGUUACGGUUGUCACUCGAUACCACCACACAGUCAUGAGCGAUACACGCCCCUCAAUUCAUCACAAGCAAAUAACUCUUCGGCUACUGUGGCACCCAUUACAAUCUCCCCGCUCCCAACAAACUUGCUGUUCCAGGAAUUCAUUCAGGUGUUUCAGAACCGCUUCGAUGGCGAACGCACGAGAGAACCGUCUAUAGACGCGCGAUCGGGAGAAUCGUCUAGAGACGCGCGAUCGGGAGAAUCGUCUAGAGACGCGCGAUCAGGAGAAUCGUCUAGAGACACGCGAUCAGGAGAAUCGUAUAGAGACGAACGAUCGGGAGAAUCGUCUAGAGACACGCGAUCAGGAGAAUCGUCUAGAGACGAGCGAUCGGGAGAAUCGUCUAGAGACACGCGAUCGAGAGAAUCGUCUAGAGAAGCACGGCCGGGAGGAUUGUCUAGAGACGCGCGAUUGAGUGAAUUGUCUGUAGACGCGAGUCGGAGAGAAUCGUCUCUGGACGCGCGACUUCGGGAAUCGUCUUUAGCCGCGCGAUUAAGUGAUUCACCUAUGGACACUGGUUUGAGAAAUUCAUUUAUGGACUUGGGUUCCAGGGAAUCAUCUUCAGAUACGCGAUUUAGGCAGGCUUCUCUAUAUGCUCAGGUGAGGCAGCUCUCUAUGGAAGCGCGAUUGAGACAGGCUACUUUGGACGCGAGUUCGAGAGGUUCUCCAUCUUUGCCUUUCAUGCGAUUGAGGGAUGCUUUAGAGGCGCGAUUUAGACAGGCUGAAGCAGAUGCCGGGUUGAGAGCAACAGAGGCAGUUCGGGAUUCUGGUUUAAGAACAACGAAUGGUUCUGGUACCGUGCCGAGCAACAGCACGGGAACCACGAAUUCAACAGUGUACACUUCUAGUGGAGGACCUGCAGCAAAUAGAAGGAGGUUUUUCUCGCACAGGAUAUCUGCCUUCAUGCCGACCAGGGUGGAUUUCACAAGGAGUGCGUCCAGAUCAGGUCCCAGCAGAUUGAGAAGGAACGUUACCACCCAUACCGUGGGUAGGACUAGGAUGGGUCCCAGACAAAGCCCUUCCAAUACUUUUGGUAUCGACGAGCUCAUGAACUAUUCAGAAUUGGAAAAUUCCGAAGACGAUUCCCCACCUCCCCCUCCUCCUCCUCCCGAUGCCGACCAUCCUGCAGAUCCUACAACCCUGCCCGAACCGUCCAUCAGUGCGAUGUAUUCGAAUAUUGUUCAAGAAUUGGAAUCCAGCCUGGAGAAUGUCGUCAGAUGGAGGCUUAAGGAAGGUGAUUGA